ACAAAUACUUGUAUGAGAUAUAACUUUAUCGUACAUCCUCUGGCAUACAGAGCUUCAGUUGACACAAUACCGGAUAACAGCGUGGAUGCAAUGCAAUGGGCUAUCAUGAAUAUGCCUGAAGAAAGAAAUUUUGGUGAAGGAAAACCAUGGGGUGAAAAAUGUCAUGGUUUGGAAAUUUUCAACGAUUUCACGUAA